CUAUUUUCUCCCAAAACCGUCCCGCCUCUCUCUCUCUCUCUCUCUCUCUCUCUCUGCAUAAUUCGCGACACGCGAAGAAGAGGAGGGUUUCGGCUCGCAAUCCGAUCCCCGCGAAACCGACCUCGCCCUGCGCUCCUGCAAAUCGGCGAUCGCCGUCGCCGCCGCCGUCGCCGCCGCGUCGGUCCGCCCGAUGGGCAGCGCGAUCGGAGUGUAGUCUCUCGCCGGGGUUCCGUCACUUCGCGGUGGCGAGCUUUGAUCUUUCGCCAUGUUCGAAGCUCACGUUUUACAUUUGCUUCGAAGAUAUCUGGGGGACUAUGUUCAUGGGCUCUCAGCUGAGGCUUUAAGAAUUAGUGUCUGGAAAGGAGAUGUUGUGCUCAAAGAUUUGAAAUUGAAGGCGGAAGCACUAAAUUCACUCAAACUUCCUGUGACGGUGAAAGCUGGUUUUAUCGGCACUAUAACGCUUAAGGUUCCCUGGAAGAGUCUUGGGAAAGAGCCAGUUAUUGUUCUGAUAGACCGUGUAUUCAUUCUUGCCCACCCUGCAUCUGAUCGGCAUACUGUCAAGGAGGAAGACAAGGAUAAACUUUUUGAGGCCAAACUUCAACAGAUUGAGGAAUUAGAAUCAGCAACCAUUGAAGCAAUAUCAAAGUCGAAACUUGGAAAUACACCAGCUGGGAAUUCGUGGUUGGGUUCUCUUAUUGCUACAAUUAUCGGAAAUCUUAGGAUAUCAAUUAGCAAUGUACAUAUUAGAUAUGAAGACUCUGUUAGUAAUCCUGGAAACCCAUUUUCUAUGGGUGUUACUUUGGCGAAGCUUGCUGCUGUUACAAUGGAUGAGCAGGGGAACGAAACUUUUGAUACCAGUGGAGCUUUGGAUAAACUACGGAAGUCGUUACAACUUGAGAGGCUUGCCAUGUAUCAUGAUUGCAAUACUCUUCCGUGGAAGAUUGAUAAAAGAUGGGAAGACCUAACUCCUAAAGAAUGGAUUGAGAUAUUCGAGGAUGGUAUUAAUGAACCGGUUCCUGGCCAUGAUAUGGUGUCUCAAUGGGCUAUGGGUCGAAGUUUUUUGGUCUCACCUAUCAAUGGAGUCCUUAAAUAUCAUCGUCUUGGAAAGCAAGAGAGGAAUGAUCCUGAGGUCCCAUUUGAGAAGGCUUCGCUUGCGUUGAAUGAUGUCACCUUGACAAUUACAGAGGGACAAUAUCAUGACUGGAUCAAACUUAUGGAGGUUGUUUCAAGGUACAAGAUUCAUGUGGAAGUUUCACAUCUAAGGCCGAUGGUAACAGUUUCAGAGGGUCCUAAUUUCUGGUGGCGCUAUGCUGCUCAGGCAAGCCUGCAGCAGAAGAAGAUGUGCUAUCGAUUCUCAUGGGACCGCAUUCGGCACCUUUGCCAGCUACGUAGGCGCUAUGUUCAGUUGUAUGCAGCUUUAUUGCAACAGGCAUCAGAAGUCAAUCGUACAGAAAUGAGAGAAAUUGAGAAGGAUCUCGAUUCCAAAGUGAUUCUUUUGUGGAGGUUGCUGGCACAUGCGAAGGUUGAAUCUGUCAGAUCGAAGGAAGCAGCUGAACAACGAAGGCUCCAAAAAAAAAGUUGGUUUUCACUUAGAUGGCGUUCGAGCUCUGAAGACGACUUGGAGAAAGAUGCUCCUGAGGGAUUGCAGGUAGCUGAGGGAAGACUGACUAAGGAAGAAUGGCAGACAAUAAACAAUUUACUUAGUUUCCAGCAAGAAGAGGAGUUGAAUUUACACUCUACAAAGGACAUGCAGAAUAUGAUUCGGUUUCUAGCUUCUGUGUCUGUUCGCCAGGCUGCGGCAAAAGUCAUCAACAGAAACGAGACUGAGAUAAUCUGUGGUAGAUUUGAGCAACUUCAUGUUUUGACUAAGUUAAGACAUCGUAGCACGCACUGCGAUGUGUCGUUGAAGUUCUAUGGUCUCUCUGCGCCUGAGGGUUCGCUGGCACAGAGUGUUAUUAGCGAGCAGAAAGUUAAUGCAUUGGCUGCGACCUUUGUGAGCUCACCAGUUGGGGAGGAUGUAGACUGGCGACUCUCAGCUACAAUUUCUCCAUGCCAUGUGACGGUUUUGCUGGAAAGUUACAAUCGAUUUUUAGAGUUUGUGAAGAGAAGUAAUGCAGUCAGUCCCACUGUUGCACUGGAAACAGCGGCUGCUUUGCAGAUGAAGAUUGAGAAGGUGACUCGGAGAGCACAAGAACAAUUUCAGAUGGUCUUAGAAGAGCAAAGCAGAUUCGCUCUUGACAUUGAUCUGGAUGCUCCUAAAGUUAGAGUUCCUAUAAGGAGAUCUGAAUCUUCCAAGUGUGAUAGCCAUUUGCUUUUGGAUUUUGGUAAUUUCACGCUGCGGACAACGCAUAACCAGCAGGAGGAACAGAGGAAGAAUUUAUAUUCACGGUUUUAUAUCUCUGGAAGAGAUAUUGCAGCCUUUUUCACGGAUUGUUAUUUCGACAGCCAGAAUUGCCCUCUGGUUGUACCAACUGCCAGCAAUCAACCAGUUGCGUCCCCCAUACAAGAUGACCGUGAUAAUUUCUGUUCUCUCAUUGAUAGGUGUGGUAUGGCAGUAAUAGUUGAUCAGAUUAAGGUGCCUCACCGAAGUUAUCCAUCAACACGUGUCUCCGUCCAAGUACCAAAUCUUGGCAUCCACUUUUCACCAGCACGCUAUUGCAGACUCAUGGAAUUGUUAAAUAUUUUAUAUGGCCCUAAGGGAAUCAUGGGACAGCCAAGAAUUGAUAGUUUUGAAGCUGAACUUGCGCCCUGGACUCCUAUAGAUCUCGCAAGUGAUGCUAGAAUGUUAGUUUGGAGGGGAAUUGGCAACUCCAUGGCCACAUGGCAGCCCUGUUUUCUUGUACUCUCUGGAUUCUACCUCUACCUUUUAGAGUCUGAAAAGUCUCAGAGCUAUCAGCGAUGCUUAAGUAUGGCUGGUAGACAAAUUCAUGAAGUCCCCCCAACAAACAUUGGUGGUGCUUCAUUUUGUAUUGCUGUGAGUUUUAGGGGUAUGGACACUCAAAAGGCACUAGAAUCGUCUAGCACUUGGAUUUUGGAGCUUCAAGACGAGGAGCACAAAGCAGCUUGGUUGAAGGGACUUAUACAAGCUACAUACCAAGCUUCUGCUCCUCCAUUGGUUGAUGUUCUUGGGGGAACAAGUGACAAGGGUGCUGAAUCAGAUAUGGCCCGUUUGUCAAAUUCCAAAACUGCUGACAUAGUCAUUAAUGGCUCAUUGUUGGAAACCAAGCUAUUUAUUUAUGGCAAGACUGGAGGAGCAGGUGAUAUCAUUCUUGAAGAGACAUCUAUUAUUGAAGUUCUUGCUGGUGGUGGGAAGGUACAUGUGAUUAUUUGUGAAGGUGACCUGACAGUGAAAUCUAAGCUUCACUCUCUUAAAAUUAAAGACGAGCUUCAAAGUCGUACUUCAACUAGUCCACAAUAUUUGGCCUAUUCUGUGGUGGAGAAUGAGAAUACAUCUGUGUCAGCUGGUGUUAGUGAUUACCAUGGCCAUAACAUGUCGUCUGUGCAAUCCGAGGAAGAUGACAUCUUCAAGGAUGCUUUGCCAGAUUUCAUAUCCUUGUCAGAGUCAAGUAUCCAUCCGCAUAGUAUGGCUAUGAAUCAGCCUGCAAGGACAGCGGACAUCAUAGACAUUACAGGACUUGGUUCCGCUGAUGCCUUGAUGAAUGAAAAUGACUUGGGGAAAGGAAUGGGAUUUUCUGAUGAUAUCUUUUAUGAGGCACAGGGCAUGGAAAGUUCAGAUUUUGUCUCUGUAACCUUUUCAACUAGAAGUUCUGCUUCACCAGAUUAUGAUGGCAUAGAUACUCAGAUGGCUGUGAGCAUGUCCAAAUUGGAAUUCUUUUGCAAUCGACCCACCCUGGUUGCUUUGAUUGGUUUUGGUUUGGAUCUGAGCUCUGUAAGCACUGGACACAGUGACAUGAACAUGGUAGAGACUUCAAAGGAUGAACCUUUAUUUAACGAGGACAAGUUUGAAGACAACGGGCGUGUUAAAGGGCUAUUGGGCUAUGGUAAAGGUCGUGUUGUAUUUAAUCUUUACAUGAAAGUCGACAGUGUCUGCUUGUUACUCAAUAAUGAGGAUGGUACUCAGCUUGCAAUGCUUGUACAAGAAAGCUUCCUAUUAGAUAUCAAGGUUUAUCCAAGUUCUCUUUCCAUUGAAGGCACUUUAGGAAAUUUUAGACUAUGUGAUAUGUCACUUGGAGCAGAUCACAUUUGGAAGUGGCUUUGUGAUAUACGUAACCCUGGCACCGAGUCCUUAAUCAAGCUUAGAUUUAAUUCUUAUAGUGCUGAAGAUGAUGACUUUGAAGGAUAUGAUUAUAGUCUGCGAGGCAGACUUUCUGCUGUUCGGAUUGUUUUUCUGUACAGGUUUGUUCAAGAGGUAACAGCAUAUUUUAUGGAGCUUGCGAAUCCACAUACUGAAGAGGCCAUCAAGCUUGUCGAUAAAGUUGGAGGUUUUGAAUGGUUGAUUCAGAAAUAUGAGAUUGAUGGUUCAUCUGCACUAAAGCUGGAUCUCUCACUUGACACUCCUAUAAUAGUUGUGCCAAAAAAUUCACUAAGCAAAGACUUCAUCCAACUUGACCUGGGCCAGCUGCAGGUGACAAAUGAUAUUAGCUGGCAUGGAUGCCCUGAGAAGGAUCCUUCAGCUGUCCAUGUUGACCUUCUUCAGGCUAAGAUUUUGGGAGUAAACAUGACUGUUGGGAUCAAUGGUUCUGUUGGUAAGCCAAUGAUUAGGGAAGGUCAUGGAAUUGAUGUUUACGUGCGUCGUAGCUUGAGGGAUGUUUUCAGAAAAAUUCCAACAUUUUCUUUGGAAGUGAAGGUGGGCUUGUUGCAUGCUGUGAUGUCUGAUAAGGAAUAUAAUGUUAUUGUGGAUUCUGUCUUCAUGAAUUUAUGUGAAGCACCAAGGAUCCCUCCAAGUUUUCGUGUCGGUUCAUCUGGUUCUAGAGAUACAAUGCGAUUGCUGGCCGAUAAAGUCAACACGAAUAGUCAAAUUCUGCUGUCACGUACAGUCACUGUAAUUGCAGUUGAAGUGGACUGUGCAUUGUUGGAGUUGUGCAAUGGCAUUGAUGAAGGGUCGCCUUUAGCAAAUAUUUCUCUUGAAGGUCUAUGGGUGUCAUAUCGGAUGACUUCAUUAUCAGAAACAGACCUCUAUGUUACCAUUCCCAAAUUCUCCAUUCUUGACAGUCGCCCUGAAACAAAGUCUGAAAUGCGGUUGAUGCUCGGAUCUUCAAGUGAUUCUUCUAGACCAACUUCUGCUGGAGAUAUUUCCUAUUCAUUAAAUAAGGUUAUCGUUGGAAAGACAAGUGCUGAAGCUGGUUUGGAGUUUGCAAUUCCAAGUCCUACGAUGUUCUUGAUGGACUAUAGAUCAAGGACAUCUUCCCAAUCUGUUGUUGUUCGGAUUCAGCAACCCAGGGUCCUUGUUGUCCCAGAUUUCCUUCUUACUUUGGGUGAGUUUUUCGUGCCAGCUUUAGGAGCUAUAACUGGGAGGGAGGAAACCAUGGAUCCUAGGAAUGAUCCUAUAAGUAAGAGCAAUAAUAUUAUACUCUCUGAACCUAUAUACAAACAGUAUGAAGAUGUAGUGCACCUGUCUCCUGAUAGGCAACUAGUAGCAGAUGCCUUAGAGGUUGAUGAGUUUGUAUACGAUGGUUGUGGAAGGAUCAUUCAUUUGAGUGAAAAAGCAGAUUCAAGGAAACUUCACGUGGUGAGAACUGACCCGAUUAUAAUCAUUGGACGUGGUAAGAAGUUGCGGUUUGUCAAUGUCAAAAUUGAGAAUGGCUCUCUUUUGCGGAAGUAUACAUUCUUGGGUAAUGAUAGCAGUUAUUCCGUGUCCUUCGAAGAUGGUGUUGACAUUUCAUUGCUGGAAAAAUCUGCUCUUAAUUAUGAUACCAAGAGUUUGGACUACAAACUUGAGACCCUGGACAUGUCAAAUGCUCAUUUGCUCUCUCAAAACGAAUCAAGUUAUACAGAGAGUCUCACUUUUGAAGGCCAGGUCAUCUCUCCCGAGUUUACUUUCUAUGAUAGUACAAAGUCCUUCCUAGACGAUUCUUCUGGUGAAAAGUUGCUACGAGCGAAGUUGGAUCUUAGCUUCAUGUAUGCAGCAAAAGACAAUGAUACCUGGAUUCGUGCAUUGGUGAAGGAUCUCAUGGUUGAGGCCGGUUCUGGUCUUGUUAUUCUUGAUCCGACAGAUAUUUCAGGAGGAUAUACAUCUGUUAAAGAGAAAACAAAUAUAUCUCUGCUAUCGACUGAUAUAUGUCUCCAUCUUUCACUGAGUGCAAUUUCUCUAAUUCUUAAUCUUCAAAGUCAGGUAGCUGUGGCUCUGCAAUUAGGAAACACAAUCCCUCUUGCUCCUUGUACCAAUUUUGAUCGGCUAUGGGUCUCCCCUAAAGAUAAUGGACCAUCUAAUAACCUUGCUUUCUGGAGGCCUCAAGCUCCAUCCAAUUAUGUUGUCUUAGGAGAUUGUGUAACGUCAAGGCCAAUUCCUCCGUCACAAGCAGUAAUGGCUGUCAGCAAUACUUAUGGGCGCGUAAGAAAGCCUGUCAGCUUUAACCUUAUUGGAAUGUUCUCCCACAUUCAAGGAUUUGAAGUAAAUGGAGAGCAUGGACAUGCUGAUAAUGACUGUUCUAUAUGGAUGCCUGUUGCGCCACCGGGGUAUACUGCCUUGGGUUGUGUGGUACAUCCAGGAAACAAACCGCCCCCAAAUCAUAUUGUUUACUGCCUGCGUUCAGACCUUGUGACUUCCACAAUGUAUUCAGAGUGCUUGUAUACCACUGCAUCAAAUCCUUCAUUUCUUUCUGGUUUUAGCCUGUGGCGUUUGGAUAACAUCAUCGGAUCAUUUUAUGCGCAUGCAUCAACUGAAUCCCCUCCGAAAUACUGUGGCCUUGACCUGAGUCAUAUUCUAUGGAGCUCAAUUCCGCAUCAUGUUUCGUCUACAGAUUCUGCCUUAGAUCCGGCGGUAGACUUUGAUAAUGAAAGUCAAGAAGUGAGUGGCCAGACUGCAAGCUCAUCUGGAUGGGAUGUUCUUAGAUCGAUUUCAAAAUCAACUAAUUGCUAUAUGUCCACUCCUCAUUUCGAGAGAAUUUGGUGGGACAAGGGGAAUGAUGUCCGUCGACCAGUUUCAAUAUGGCGACCUACACCACGUCCAAGUUAUGCUGCAUUGGGUGACUGCAUAACGGAAGGAUUAGAACCACCAGCUUUAGGCAUUAUAUUUAGGGCUGAUAGUCCUGAAAUUGCUGCAAAGCCUGUGCAGUUUACUAAGGUUGCCCAAAUUACUGUAAAAGGCUUGGAUGAUAUCUUCUUUUGGUACCCAAUUGCACCUCCUGGUUAUGUUUCUCUGGGAUGUGUAGUCUCCCGAAUAGAUGAGCCACCAAGCCUGGAAUCAUUUUGCUGCCCUAGGAUGGAUCUUGUCAACCAAGCCAAUAUUCUUGAAGUGCCCAUUUCAAGAUCGGCAAGUUCCAAGGCAUCUCAGUGCUGGAGUAUCUGGAAAGUUGAAAAUCAGGCUUGCACCUUCCUUGCACGCUCUGAUUUGAAGAAACCUUCAAGCAGAUUGGCUUACACAAUAUGUGAUUCUGUUAAGCCAAAGACACGUGAAAAUAUCACUGCAGAUAUGAGGCUGAGACGCUUCUCCCUGACGGUCUUGGACAGCUUGUGUGGAAUGAUGACUCCCUUGUUUGACAUGUCAAUCACCAAUAUCAAGCUUGCCACUCAUGGACGACUAGAGGCAAUGAAUGCAGUACUUAUUUCUUCUAUUGCUGCUUCAACCUUCAAUACCCAAGUUGAAGCAUGGGAGCCACUUGUGGAGCCCUUCGAUGGCAUAUUCAAGUUUGAAACGUACUCGACUAAUGACCACAAGCCGUCAAGGAUUGGCAAGAGAGUUCGUGUUGCUGCUACCAGUAUGCUAAAUAUAAAUGUCACUGCUGCUAAUCUUGAGAGAUUAGUGGAAACAAUUGUUUCCUGGAGAAGAAUGUUAGAAAUGGAGCAGAAGUCAGCCAAGCUAAAUGAGGAAGCUGGUAGACAUCGUAAGAGUGGAGAAGAGUUGACUUUUUCUGCAUUGGAUGAAGAUGAUUCCCAGACUAUUGUAGUGGAAAAUAAGCUUGGGUGUGACAUAUUUUUGAAAAAAAAGGAAGAAAAUAUGAGAAUGGUCGAUCUGCUUCGCAAUGAAGAAUCUGCUUCUGUUUGGAUUCCUCCUCCCAGAUUUUCAGAUAGGUUGAUGGUUGCAGAUGAAUUCAGGGAAGCUCGCAACUAUGUCGCCAUACAGAUUCUUGAAGCUAAGGGUCUUCCAAUUCUUGACGAUGGUAACAGCAACAAUUUCUUUUGUGCGUUGCGUCUCGUCAUCGAUCACCAAGCAACGGAUCAACAAAAGUUAUUUCCUCAGAGUGCAAGGACAAGAUGUGUAAAGCCUCUAAUUUCCAGUGACAAAGGUGUUGCAAAGUGGAAUGAAGUUUUUAUAUUUGAAGUGCCCAGGAAGGGUUUGGCUAAGCUUGAAGUGGAAGUGACCAAUCUUGCUGCAAAAGCUGGAAAAGGUGAAGUUGUUGGCGCAUUCUCAUUUUCUGUUGGACAUGGUGUGAAUGUCUUGAAGAAGAUCGCUUCAGCAAGGUUGCUGCAUCCACCAUUUGACGUCAGCAAUGUUGUGACCUAUCCACUAAAAGGACGGGUUCAGGAUGACAUUGAAAACAUCCAAGAGCGUGGAGUCCUAUUAGUUUCCACUUCUUAUUUUGAGGGAAAAACUGGGGGCAAAGCUACAGAGGAUACAGAAAAUGAGGGUCGAUUUGAUAACGAUGUAGGCUUCUGGGUAGGCGCAAGCCCAGAAGGUGGAUGGGAAUGUAUACGUUCAUUACUUCCACUGUCAGUGGCCCCAAAAUCACUUGAGGAUGAUUUUGUUGCCUUAGAAGUUGUCAUGAAAAAUGGGAAGAAGCAUGCAGUUCUCAGGAGCCUUGUCACAGUCGUUAAUGAUUCUGAUGUCAAACUGGAGAUUGUUGCGUGCUCUUUGUCUUCAAUUCAAGGUAGCAGUGUCUACUCCAGUACCAGCAACACUGUGGUUGAAGAGGUUUUUGAAAACCAACGAUAUCAUCCAAUAUCUGGUUGGGGCAGCUCACAAAAUACUGAUCCAGGACGCUGGAGCACCAGAGACUUUUCAUAUACAUCCAAGGGUUUCUUUGAGCCACCCCUUCCACCAGGAUGCAAGUGGAUAUCGACUUGGACAAUUGAUAAAUCCCAGUUUGUUGACAGUGAAGGUUGGGCAUAUGGACCUGACUUUUCUUAUUUAAAAUGGCCUCCUACUUCAAAGAUGAAAGCUCCUUCUGAUAUUGUGCGGCGGAGGCGUUGGACUCGUACCAGGCAGCAGUUUGUACCACAAGCCCUAGAUCAUCUGAAUAGUGAUGUCACUGCCGUAAAGCCAGGAUCUUCUUCUGUCAUACCUUGGAGAAGUACAGUGAAAGAUUCCAACCAAUGUUUACUAGUUCGCCCAUGUUUUGACCAGCCUCAAAGCCCCUAUUCUUGGGGCCAUGCUGUUGCCAUUGGUUCAGGCUACACUAAUGGGAAGGAACAGCCAAUCUAUGAUCAAGAAACUCUCUCUAAACAGAGUACAACCAAGCAGGGAGAUAAAUCUCAGAAUUUCAUCCUUAAGUUGGAUCGACUGGAGAAGAAGGAUAUACUGUUUUGUUGUCCUAGCACUGGAAAUAAACAAUUUUGGCUUAGUGUUAGCACUGAUGCCAAUAUUCUUCACACUGAGCUUAAUGCACCUGUAUAUGAUUGGAGAAUCUGUGUCAACUCGCCUUUGAAGUUGGAAAACCGGCUUCCAUGUUCAGCAGAAUUCACUGUUUGGGAGAAAACAAAAGAAGGGAACCUUGUUGAGCGACAUCGUGGUGUUGUCUCUUCGCGCAAAAAUGCACACAUAUACUAUGCAGAUAUCCAGAAACCGUUAUAUCUUUCUCUGUUUGCUCAAGGCGGUUGGGUUUCAGAGAAGGAUGCUGUCCCUAUUUUGGAUGUAUCAUCUAAUAACCGCAUUUCAUCGUUCUGGAUGGUCCACCAGCAGAAUAAAAGGAGGAUACGUGUGAGCAUUGAACACGACAUGGGAGGAAAUAUUGCGGCCCAAAAGACUUUAAGAUUUUUCGUUCCAUAUUGGAUCACUAACGACACCUAUCUUCCUUUGGCCUAUCGGAUUGUGGAAAUGGAAUUUAUGGAGAAUGCCGAGGCAGAUUCCCUUUUGCUAUCUAGAGCAGUUAAAUCUGCAAGAACAGUCCUACGAAGUCCCUCACAUUCAUUUGAGGGGAGAUAUUCCAGCCUAAAGAAGAAUGUUCGAGUGUUAGAAGUCAUUGAGGAUAGCAGUCCUAUGCCUAGUAUGCUUUCUCCACAAGAUUGUGGGACUCGUGGUGGAUUACCAUUUCCAUCUCAAAAAGAUUCAUAUCUCCCAUCCAGGCUUGGUAUUGCCGUUGCUGUUCGUCCUUCUGAAACUUACUGUCCUGGAAUUUCUCUUCUUGAGUUGGAAAACAAGGAAAGAGUUGAGGUGAAGGCAUAUUGCUCGGAUGGUGCUUAUUACAAGAUUUCUGCUCAGCUGAAUAUGACCUCAGACAGAACUAAGGUUGUUCAAUUUCAGCCACACACUUUGUUCAUCAACAGGGUUGGUUACAGUAUCUGCAUGCAGCAGUGUGAUUCACAAUCACAAUCAGUGGAGUGGCUUCAUGCGACUGAUCCUCCAAAAACUUUUAAGUGGCAAUCUUCUAAAAAAGUUGAAUUAAUCAAGUUGCGGGUGGACGGGUACAAAUGGAGUUCACCAUUCAGUGUUUCAAGUGAAGGUGUGAUUCGUAUUUUCUUGUUAAAAGAAAAUGGAAAUGAUCUAAUGCAACUAAGAGUUGAAGUAAGAAGUGGAACAAAGAACUCCCGAUAUGAAGUUCUGUUUCGUCCAAAUUCAUUGUCCAGUCCUUACAGGAUUGAGAACCGCUCUAUGUUUUUGCCUAUUCGCUUCCACCAAGUUGACGGUGGCAGCAAUUCUUGGCAGUUUCUUCUUCCAAACUCUUCUGCUUCUUUUCUAUGGGAAGAUCUUGGUAGAAGACGCUUGUUGGAAGUCUUGGUAGAUGGGGCUAAUGCAAUGGCAUCUGAGAAGUACAAUAUUGAUGAGAUUUGUGAUUACCAGCCCAUCCAUGUGGUUGAUGGGCCUGUCAGAGCUAUAAGAGUUACUGUUUUAAAAGAGGAAAAAGUCAAUAUUGUGAGGAUCACUGACUGGAUGCCGGACAACGAUUCUCCCACAAUUUUGAGUAUAGGCAUUUCAUCGCCAAUGCCGCAUGUUUCUAAAGAUGAGAAAGGCCAACAAGCACUGUCAAUUUCUGAGGAUGAAUUUCAUGUUAUAGUUGAGAUUGCUGACUUUGGGCUAUCCAUUGUUGACCAUACUCCUGAAGAGAUAUUAUAUCUGUCCAUCCAGAAUCUUUUGCUUGCCUAUUCAACCGGCUUGGGCUCUGGAAUCAGUAGGUGCAAACUACGAAUGCAUGGAUUGCAAGUGGAUAAUCAACUUCCUCUAACUCCAAUGCCAGUUCUCUUUAGACCACAGAGAGUCGUGGAGGAAACUGACUAUGUCUUGAAACUGUCCAUAACCAUGCAAUCUAAUGGGUCUCUUGAUUUUUUUACAUAUCCUUUCAUUGGAGUCCAGGGGCCUGAAAAUUCUGCUUUUCUUAUAAACAUUCACGAACCAAUAAUUUGGCGCCUUCAUGAGAUGAUCCAGCAGGUCAACCUUAGUAGGCUAUAUGAGACUCAAACAACUGCUGUUUCAGUCGAUCCUAUCAUUCAAAUUGGGGUUCUCAAUUUGUCCGAGGUUCGAUUCAAAGUAUCAAUGGCCAUGUCACCGAGUCAACGGCCAAAGGGUGUACUUGGGUUUUGGUCAUCCUUGAUGACUGCACUAGGGAACACCGAGAAUAUGCCUGUGAAAAUAAAUCAAAGAUUUCAUGAAAAUGUGUCCAUGAGGCAGAGUUCUAUGAUUAGCAAUGCUAUCUUAAACAUGAGGAAGGAUCUUCUCAGUCAACCCCUGCAACUUCUCUCUGGUAUGGAUAUAUUGGGUAAUGCAAGCAGCGCCCUUGGACAUAUGAGCAAAGGCGUAGCUGCCUUGUCAAUGGACAAAAAGUUCAUACAGAGUCGCCAAAGACAGGAAAACAAGGGUGUAGAUGACAUAAGUGAUGUUAUCAGAGAGGGAGGUGGAGCACUGGCAAAAGGACUAUUUAGAGGAGUCACUGGCAUACUGACAAAGCCUCUCGAAGGAGCAAAAAGCUCUGGUGUUGAGGGGUUUGUUCAAGGAGUGGGGAAAGGACUAAUCGGUGUAGCAGCCCAACCUGUGAGUGGGGUUCUGGAUCUUUUGUCAAAAACAACUGAAGGUGCAAAUGCCAUGAGAAUGAAGAUAAUUUCUGCUGUUACUUCUGAAGAGCAACUUCUUCGCCGGAGGUUACCUCGUGUGAUCAGCGGCGAUAAUUUGCUUCGACCUUACGAUGAGUAUAAAGCUGAAGGACAGGUUAUCUUGCAGCUGGCAGAAUGUGGUUCGUUCUUUGGCCAGGUUGAUCUUUUCAAAGUACGUGGGAAGUUUGCAUUAUCAGAUGCAUAUGAAGAUCACUUUAUGCUUCCAAAGGGAAAAAUUCUUAUGGUCACUCAUCGACGAGUAAUAUUGUUGCAACAACCAUCAAACAUCAUUGCUCAGAGAAAAUACAACCCUGCUAGAGAUCCAUGUACUGUCUUGUGGGAUGUUCUCUUGGAUGACCUGGUGACAAUGGAAUUAAUUCAUGGAAAGAAAGACCAACCCAAAGCUCCAUUUUCUCAGCUGGUUCUUUAUCAGAAAACUAGACCACCAGAAUUUAAAGAGCAAGUCCGUGUUAUAAAAUGCAAUCGUGAUACCCAUCAAGCUUAUGAAAUAUACUCUUCGGUUGAGAGAGCAAUGAGUACUUAUGGACCAAGUAAAUCAAAGGAAAUGCUGAAAAACAAAGUCAAAAAACCAUAUUCUCCCAUCAGUGAUGGCAAUGACGGUGAGAUCAAUCCAAAGGAAUCAAAUAGCAUGUGGUCUCCCCAACAGGUUCCCUUACCAGUACCUCUGAAUUCUACUUUUGGCAGCAGUAUUCUUUAAAAGUAGAACUCAGCGCCCAGAGGAGAUGGCGAUAUAGCUUCUGCUAACAUCAAGCCAGUAAAUUGAAGAUUAUUCAAUAAGAUUUUGUUUCCACAGUGCACCAAAUGAUGCGGCAAGUGGCAUAAGAAUGCAGAAAGGUCAUCUCCAACAUGGAAACGAAGAUAGACGUCUUCAAUCUGUUCAAGAUGAAAGGGUAAUCCAACCGAGCAAUGGCAUGAGAACCUGUAUAGCCCGUUUUCUAGUACAUAUAUGUACAGUCUUACAUGUAAAUGCACAAUUGCUUCAAGCCCUUUCGUCGGGCACGAAAAUCACAUGGCUAGUUUGUUUCGAUAGAGGAGGAAGAGGAAGAAGAGUAAAAGAUCAAUUGCUGUACCCACCUAUAAACAUGUAGUGCUUCUCGUUAUAGUGAUGAUUCUUUUUCAGGUAAA